AUGGAACAAAAUAAGAUGAAGAAAGCAGGAGAGGCGGAGUCCAGCCUUCGAUAUAGAGGUGUGAGGAGGCGGCCUUGGGGGAAAUACGCAGCUGAGAUUCGGGACUCGACGAGGCAAGGAGGACCUCGGCUGUGGCUGGGAACUUUUGAUACAGCAGAGGAGGCUGCUCGAGCUUAUGACAGAGCUGCUUUCUCUAUGAGGGGUCACUCCGCUAUUCUCAACUUCCGAGAUGAACAUAUCAUUUCAUCCACAGCACUAAACUCUCCCACCACCGCUACCCCUUCAUCAUCAUCAUCAUCAUCAUCAUCUUCUUCAUCAUCUGCUUCUGCUGCUUCUUCUUCUUCGUAUUUCUUUGAACAUGUGAAAAGCAAGAAAGAUGAAGAAAGAAUAGUGCUGGAAUUGGAGUGCUUGGACGAUAAAUUGUUAGAGGAGCUUCUUGAUUUUGAGAAUAAAUGAAACCAAUAAAGAUUGAAGCGUUUUUAGCAUCUUCUUCAACAGCAAAACAACAUUUUUUUUGUAGAUAUGACUUGCUUUUAGUUACAUAUUAAGUCAGGGGUCCAUAUGGAGACUCCGAGUUGAUUUUAGGCUGAUUUGGGUGAGUUUUAGUUAUCUACUUUAUUAUUCGUUUUUGUUUU